GUGGAGGACGAAUGCGGUGACAUACCAAUGGUCCUCGUCCAAAACAAGAUAGAUUUGAUCGAACGGGCAGCUGUGCUCAACGAAGAAACAGAGGCUCUGGCCAGAGAACUGAAGCUGCGCCUUUACAGAACCUCCGUGAAAGAAAACGUGAACGUGGACCAGGUCUUUCGCUACGUGACGGACUUGUUCCUCUCCGAGUUACAGGAGAUGGAAGAGGAGAACGCGUCUCAUCCGGCUCCGUGUCACAUCGUCCGAGGUGCGUGUCAUCCG